AUGGCAGCAAACCCACAAGGGCCCUCUCAAGCUGUAUCAGCAGGAAAAAAUGCAGCUGCAGGAGCCUCAACAGCUGCAGCAGCAGCAGCACAAAGUGCGGCGGCAGCAGAAGCAGCAGCAACAGCAGCAGCAACAGCAGCAGCUGACGCACGCAACAGCAACUCCGUAGUCAACAAGCCUCAAUCUGCACAUGAUGCCACUCCAGCUGAAGGAGUAGAGCUAAAGAGUUUGCAGCCUGGAGUGUGCAAGGGCCCGUCGAAGCCGAACGGCUCUCCGGUUGAGUCUUCAUCUCCGUGUGCCGCUGUUGCUGGUGUGUGUACUACUAGUGGUGCUGCUGCUUCUGGCGAUGAAGGCCCUGAGGCUGUUGUUUGCAGUUCCCCGUGUAAUGAGGCUGUUGAAGAUUCGGGCCGUUUGUUGCUGCUAUUGAAGGAGAAGCUGCUGCAGCAAGGAGACAGAGAGAAGAAGAGGAGCCCCCAGGGGCGACCCGCACUUGCAGUGGAGUUCGUAGGCAUGCUGGUGGCUGCUGCAACGAUGGUGUUGAUGCUGGUGGUGUUAUGUCUCUAUCAAAUUCUCGUGGAGGCCGUAGCUGGUUACAGCGCUCCUCAUUGGAAGCAAUUUUAUGGGGGCUUCAAUGCCGCUGUCUUUUACUUCGUUUCUGCUGUACCCGUUGCUGUUAACACCCCCGUCUUAGCGUUGGUGCUGCAGCUGCUGCUGCUGCACUUUUAUUUGCUGUGGAAUCAUAUGACUACCUUCGACUACAUCACCAUGAGAGUAGAAGAAGAAGUAGAAAAGAAAAACCCUCGGGUUAAACACAGGCCUUGCGUCGAGUGGAUCAUCAUCGACAAAAAACGCCUCCGACGCGCAAAGAGGAAGGGGCGGGCGAGCCAAGCAGCAGACAUCAGCCAGUGUGGAUCUGUUAUUGUUGAUGGACCGCACGGCAGCCAAUUGAUGGAUAACCCCAACGCAGAAAAAGAAGUUUGUACAAAUAAAGAUCAGCCAGCAGCAAACAAAAGCCUGGCUAGGGAGCAGCAGCAGCAGCAGCAGCAGCAGCAGCCGAAUGAAGCCACAGGAGCGCAGGCUCUGAUGACCUCAGUGUAA